CCUAAGGAAUAUACCAUGGGUGUCUGCUUCUCCCUCGCCCAUGACUACGGUUUCAUGCGGCUCAUGAGUAGCUACUACUUCGACAACAGCGAUCAGGGUCCGCCAGGCAGCGGCUACGGAGGCACGGAUGACGUCCCCAUCAACGGCGACGGAACCUGCGGCGGCGGAUGGGUCUGCGAGCACCGCUGGAACGCCAUUGCGCAGAUGGUCAAGUUCAGGAACGCUGUGGCAGGCACGCAGAUCGCCAACUGGUUCCAGGAGGGCGACAACGUGGCCUUCUCCCGAGGCGAUAAGGGCUUCUUCGCCAUGUCCAAGUACGGCUCCUUCGACCGUACGCUCCAGACGGGCAUGCCCGCCGGUACCUACUGUGAGCUGAUCAGCGGCUGUGCCAAUCAGGUCACGGUGAACGGCGACGGAACAGCACAGAUCUCCAUCAAUAAUUCUGAUGAACCGAUCUUCGCCAUCUGUGUCGGAUGCGACGGAACUGGCCCCACCGUCGACCCCAAUCAGCCCACGACGACCCCGGGUCCCACCCAGCCGCCCAUCACUUCGGGCACAGCCAGGACCGUCGUCUUCAUCCACAAGCAGACCAGCCCCGGCCAGGACCUCUUCAUAAGGGGCGGCAUCGACUCUGCCCAUCGCCCAGGCUGCUCCGAUACCGCGGACACCGACGCAUGCGCCAUCGACAUCACCGUCAGCAGCCUCGGUGCGGGCGACCACUACGCCAAGUACGACGCGUGGCGCCAGGGCGACACCAAGCUGGACUGGUUCGGCGCCCAGGCGGGGCAGGGCAGCUACAUGGGCGGGGCGGCCUCGGGCUCACCGCUCGCGUGGACCACCAACCAGGCCGGGAGCGCCGGCUACCAGGACCUCAACACCUUUGGCGAACACUACUGGAUGAUCGACAUGGAGAUGGAUUGCGGCCAGGCUGAAGACGGCUGGUUCGAGUUGAAAGGCUUCCUGACCAACGCCGGUUCGGGCUGGGAAUCAGACAUCAACCAGGUGAGCUCUUGCACGGGAAGCGCGGGAGGCUCCAGGCCCUACGCGUCCAACAACCACAUGGGCAAGUGCGGCUUCCUCAACGUCUUCGAGUUCUCGGGCUCCUCCUGCCAGAUCGACGUUCUGCCAUGAGUCCACGGCGAGGUUUUGGGACGGUGGCGAUGAUGACGACGAUGACGAUGAGGAAGAAAACGAUGACGAUGAUGAAGAAAACGAUGAUGACGACGAUGACGACGAUGAUGAAGAAAACGAUGAUGACGACGAUGACGAUGAUGAAGAAAACGAUGAUGACGACGAUGAUUCCCACCACAAAGACGAUGAAGACGACGCUCAUAACGAUGAUGACGACGACUAUACGAUGAUGACGAUGCAAUGUCCGUCGCUGCAUGUGGUGUUGCUAAAGGGAUACCCUUUAGACGUUCCUUUGAAUAAAAAUGUGUGGGAAUA